GUUGAUGUGGUCACGAACAGUUCCAGCAGUUAACUUGCUCAAUUUAGACGGACGUUCUCUUCAAAAUGCCUGAAAAUCUAGAUAUUGAACUGGUGUAUCUGUACCCGAAGGAAAACUCUACGUCUCACAAAACCGAUAAAUUCGAGUUGGUCCACGAUGAGGAGAACCCCAUCGCAAUCUUCCGCAGAGGGCUCAAGUUCACAAUGGCCAUUAGGUUCAGCGGGAGGAACUUUGAAGACGACAUGGACGUCGUUAAAUUGAUCUUCAGUUUUGGCAAGAAUCCGAAUCCGAUUAAGGGAACGAAAGUUUCAAUUCGUCUUGACCCAAAGCGCACCGACCCAGAAGAUCAUAAUAAUUGGUACGCAGGAUUCUUGGGAAGAUCAGCAGACAGUAUCACUCUUGAAGUUUCUGCCCCGGUGCAAUGUCCAGUUGGCAUUUGGUCUUUGCAGGUGGAAACGAGCCGCGCGAAUUCGACACUGCCGCCUACUAUGUUUGAUUAUGAGAGUGAAAUUUAUAUACUUUUCAAUCCGUGGAAUAGCCAUGAUUUGGUUUACAUGCCCGAUGAAAGGUUGCUCGACGAAUACGUUUUGACGGAUGUUGGUAAAAUCUGGGUUGGGCCUUGGGGGUCCAGCAGAGGCCGUGAAUGGGUUUUUGGACAAUUCGAUGGAUGCGUCUUGCCAUCUGCCAUGCUCAUGUUUGCAUUAUCCGAGCUACCAGAUGCCAGUCGAGGUGAUCCUAUUAAGACGACCAGGUGUAUUUCAAAAAUGGUAAAUAGUAAUGAUGAUGAUGGUAUUUUGGUCGGCCGUUGGGAUGGUGAGUACGAAGACGGAACAGCUCCAUCUUCUUGGACAGGAUCCGUAGAUAUUAUGCAAGAGUAUUUAGAUAACCAACAUCCAGUGAAUUAUGGCCAAUGCUGGGUAUUCUCCGGCGUUGCAACAACCAUUUGCAGAGCUUUGGGAAUCCCAUCAAGAGUCGUUUCCAAUUUGGUAUCGGCUCACGAUGCCAACGCCACUCUAACAGUUGACAAAUAUUAUAACGAAUCUAACGAAGAAAUGGAUUACGACCCUCUGAAUCCCAUGGGCGAAGACUCUAUUUGGAAUUACCACGUUUGGAACGACGUUUGGAUGGCGAGGCCAGAUUUACCUAUUGGCUACGGAGGCUGGCAAGCAAUCGAUGCCACUCCACAAGAGACCUCUUCAGGGUUCUAUCAAUGCGGCCCUGCAUCUCUGGAGGCCAUCAAGAAAGGUCAAGUUGGUUUCAAUUAUGAUAUCGGCUUCAUGAUUGCCUCGGUGAACGCCGAUUUGAUGCGAUGGAAGGUGGAUCCGAAAAGCGAUCUGGGUUACACCAAGAUCUACUGCAACAAGUAUCACAUCGGUCGGAUGAUUUUGACCAAGCAACCGUACAUCUUCGAUCCGAACGGUGACAAAGAUAGACAAGAAAUUACGAAUCAAUAUAAAGCAAAGGAGGGUACUCCGGCCGAGAGAUUAUCUCUUUACAAUGCGGUUAGGUGUACGGAAUUGGCUAAAAGCUUUUACGCUUUACCUGAUCCAGGCCUGGAGGAUCUGAAGUUUGAAUUGCAAGAGUUGGAGACGAUCAAAAUCGGUGAGAGUUUCUCGGUUGUUGUUAAUAUUAAGAACAACAGCGAUCAAGUGAGAAAUAUAAAGGCUGUCCUUUCGGCGGGUAGCAUUUUUUACACGGGAGUAAAGGCACACGUCAUCAAGAAAGCUGAAGGAAAAUUCAAAAUGGGACCAAAAUCAACUGAGCAUCUGAAGAUGGUGGUAAAGGCCGACGAGUACCUGGAAAAAUUGGUGGAGUAUUGCAUAUUGAAGUUAUACGCCGUGGCAACGGUGGAGGAGACUAGACAAACCUGGGCCGAUGAAGACGAUUUCCAGGUGACGAAACCCAACAUCGACAUAGAAAUACCGGCAGAGAUUCCAAUUGGAAAAGCGACGAAAAUCACGUUGAAGUUCCGAAAUCCGUUGAAGAAGAUUCUCACCAGAUGCAAAUUCAAUUUGGCCGGACCGACGUUGCUGCGAAACCAGAUCCUUCCGUACCAGGACGUAAAACCUGGGGCGAUGGUUAAAGUGACAACCCAUAUAGUCCCUAAGAUGACGGGAGAGCAGAAAAUCGUAGCGACGUUCAGCUCCAAAGAGCUGCUGGACAUCACAGGAUCUGCCAAAGUCGAGGUCACCGAUGACGACGAAUAAGUUAAUCUUGAAAUAUUAAAAUCCCCGUAUUAGGCUUACCAUCAAUCUGGUGGACGUCGAGCUUUGUAAUUGCCUCUUUGUGUGUGUGUGAGUGUGCGAGUUAGUUGACCUGGAGUCGUUCCUUUCCGUCAAGUUCAAGGCUAGUUAUUUUGUAGUUGUCCUCGAUGGCGAUGAUUGCACAGCGCUUUCAAUGAUUAGCCCUUGCCAAUUUCAAUGCUGCACACUUGAAUCGUCGGCGCGCGGCGGCUCCUUCUUGUGUCGUUGCCUCCUCACGGCUGCUGCAUCCAAUUCGACUUCCGUUCGUGUCGACAACAGUCAACAACAAUUUGCCGCUUCGCCCGCCUAUUAUAAAUAAUUAAUCGACUUUUGAACUCUCCAUGCAAUAACAAACAUUAUUUUUGUUAUGCUUUACUUUAUUUUAUCUACUUCAUUAUUUACUUA